AUGGAACAUCGUACAUAUCUUUGGCUACACUUAGCCAUUGAUGAUAUCCGUACUACCUUCAAAGACAGUCUCCGGCCUACAGAGGAUUGGAUCACACUGAUUCCGCCUUCUGUGAAUGCCGCAUAUGAGAAGAUACUCUGUCGAGUCCCAGCCUGUCUAAUGGAUAGAGUCAAGAAGAUCCUAGAGAUCAUCGUGGCGGCACGACGUCCUCUGACAAUACAAGAAAUGGCUAUGGCGUUGGGAAUUGCCACUAGCUCAGGAUCACCAACAAUUAAACAGGCUGGGCUAGAUCCAAUUGGGUUAGACGGCAAGCUUCGGCGAUGGUGUGGCCUCUUUGUCUUUACGAACAAUUCGAAAAUCUAUCUUAUCCAUCAAACAGCGAGAGAAUUCCUCAUUGAGAAGGAAAAUUCCAGCAAUCCGAAUUCUGCAUACUGGAAUAGCCUGACUGACGCGGAAGAUCAGAUGGCUAAGAUCUGUUUGAGAUACUUGUUGAUGGAGGAUUUAGAAUACGAUAAAGACGAAUCGGGCUCCCUUACUACAUGUUUCUUGGAAUAUUCAGCAGCACAUUGGCCAGAUCACGUACGAAAGAUGGGUUUGACUCUAACCCAAAAAGAAACCUGCCGAGUGCAUCGAUUAUACGACAUAAGUGGGAAAUCGUUCUCAACGUGGUAUCCCAUUUUUUGGAAAGCAAUCCGACCAUACGAGAGAAUUCCUGUAAUGAGUGCACUGCAUCUGGCAGCCUUCAAUGGCCAUGAACAUGAGGUACAGUAUAUACUUGGUGUGGAUAAAAGUGAUAUCAAUACACCUGACGACACAACAACAUACCCGGUCAUGUGGGCGUCAUUAAAUGGACAUGAUAGGAUCGUGCAACUACUACUAGAGCGAGGAGCCGACGCCAACGCCCAGGGUGGAGAGUACGGAAAUGCUCUUCAGGCUGCUUGUGCCAGAGGACACAACAAGAUCGCACAGAUGCUGCUAGAGCGAGGAGCCGGUGUCAACGCCCAGGGUGGAUACUACGGAAAUGCCCUUCAGGCUGCUUGUGCCAGAGGAGACGAUAAGAUCGCACAGAUGCUGCUAGAGCGAGGAGCCGGUGUCAACGCCCAGGGUGGAGAGUACGGAAAUGCUCUUCAAGCAGCUCGUCGGGGAGGAUACCACCAUAUAGUGAAACUUCUCCAGAAACAUCAAUGUGCUGAUCAGUCGACCUCCCAACCUCCCCCUUCCAAAAGGCUGAAGGUUUCAUCAUGA